UUUGUAAACAACCACAAGAAGCACUCGAUUCUGCUCCUUUUUCCAUUUGUAAGUGGAUGGCGAGAGCAGCUGUCAAGCUGCAGAAAGUACCAUAACAAUAGCCCACGUGACUCGUCCGUCCUAAAGCCUUCGACAAGACAGCUCUAUGGAAUAGAGGGGUUUUUUGAUGGUUAUUUUGUGUCAUGCCAUAGCUAUCAAGUCUCGUUCCGCUUCUGCACGUUCAAACAUGGCUCCUUUACGUUUCGCAUAACAGUGAGUCCCUGCAAAUCGGGAUUUGACUUGUUGGUUUCCGCAAUGGUGCGCGUGUGUGCGUUUCCUGGAUGUUUCAACCGAGAGAAAGCGAUACGACUCCGUCCAGUGGCAUCAUCUCAGGAGGAGAGUAUGACUUUCCACACAUUACCGUUGCAUGAUCCAGAGAGGCUAAAGCUGUGGCUGCUCGCUCUCAAACGGGAUAUAAAUUCACCCAUUGAAAAUAUCCGGGCGUUGAGAGUGUGCAGUGACCAUUUUUCGCCGGGCGAUCUCACAGGGCCAACUCGAAGAUACCUGAAUUCAUCUGCGGUGCCUAGGCAACAAACUGAGGAGACUGUGAUUGAACCGGACGCCCUGUCAGCAGACAACAGUUGGGAUACAGAGGAAGAUGAUGAGGUGUAUUAUGCAGAUGAUUUUGAGUCAACUUCAGGAAAGCAAAAGAACCCCAGAACCUGCCCUGAACAACGUGGUAAACUCAUUUUGAAUGUUACAAAUCCACCUACAGAGCCAUCUACAUCUCUAUCUACUUUUGGGUCCUACUAUGCUCUUCCACCCACAUGGCACUACCAAAUGGAUGAUCCUGCUGAGGCUGGGCUACAGAUGGAAGAAUGUUACGAUGUAAACUCCAACAUGGAUUCUGUUGCUUAUUCAGAAGAUGAGAAGUCUGGGCUGGGCUCUCCGUCUGCAGCAGGUGUCUUUGUGGUCAGUGAGGAUUUUAAAGGACAUCCAGACAUGUGCCAGGGGGAGGACAUGGCCCAGUGUUCAGAAGAGCUUGUGAUCACUAAAGUUGAAGACACUAAUGAAAUGGCACUGGACCAGAAUGAGGAUUACAAGGGGAUGACUGAAGUGGAUGGAUCAGAAGAUUCAGAAACACAGAGAGCCAAAGGAACUAUGGAAUCAUCUGCUGAAAUGUCUCUUUCUUCUAUUCAGGCUGAUGACAAAGAAGUUAAAGCAACCCAGCCCUCUGUCAUAAUGCUUUUGAAGAUCAAGGAUGAACCGAUGGAUGAGGAAUGGAAAAAAGCACCACAUUCCACAAUGGGAAACAUUAAGGAUGAUGAGGAUUUUGACCAAGCACCGGAUGAUAUCAAGAUACAAGAAGCUCCAGUAGGCGUCCCAGAAAAGGCACCAUCAAUCCCAGCAAAAUCCAUUCAACCUUUAAAAAGACAUGGUGUUUUGUGCACAGCCUGUAAUAAGGUCAUGCUGAAGGGACAGACAGCAUUUCAGCGUAGUGGCUCUUCUAAACUCUACUGCUCGCCUCAAUGUCUCUGCAACUCUAAGAAGAAAACAUGUCACUGCUGCCUUAAAGAAAUUCAUGAUGAGAAUAUCAAAAUUACCCUGGUAGACAUGUCAGGGACUGAGAAGGAGUUCUGCAGUCAGAAAUGCCGCAGCGCUUUAAACUUGAAGUGCAGUGUGUGUGAGAAGACAGGAGUGACUCAUAGUCAUGAGGUGAAUUACAUGGGCUCCAUCCAUAAGCUGUGUAGCGACAGCUGCUUCAACCAGUUCCGCUCCUCCAAUAAUCUGAACAUGAACAGCUGUGUGAACUGUGGAGGAUAUUGCUAUGGCACAGACAGUCAGUGUCCAUCUCUACGGAUGGAGGACAGAGUUAUGAAGUUCUGCAGCCAAAACUGCCUCACAGCCUACAAAAAGAGGAGUCUGAAACUUGUCACCUGCAAAAUGUGUCAUGCCCUGCGCCCAGCUGCAGAUGCGGUGGACAGUCCAAACUCAGAGGGCAUCAGGGAGCUUUUCUGCUCCACUUCCUGUGUCAUGGCAAGUAAAGUCCAGACUGGCAAUUCGUCAGCGGUUGCAGUGGAAUGCAGCAACUGCAAGCUGAAACUAGUGCCUCAGUACCACAUAUCCACGUUUGAUGGAUCCGUUCAGAACUUCUGCUCUUAUUCCUGUGUACUAGCAUAUCAGGAGUCCUUCAAUAAGACGAAACCUAACAUGCCGGUAAAUACAGUAACCUCUACAAGCAACAACACAUCUACCCCAAAACCUGCUGCCCCCAAACCUGCUCCCUCAGAGUCCAGCUCAUCGGUGAAGACCAGUACUUCCAGUGGUCCAGCGCAGACAGUCACCAAGAUCCCCUGCUUUCAGUGUCUGAACUUCUUCUUCCACAGACCAGAGCUGCUGGAGUUUAGGAGGAAAAUGUACGCUUUCUGCAGUAGCACUUGUAUUGAUGAGUUCAGAAGGAUUUACCGCAUGGAGGCUCGCUGUGAACACUGCAAGCUCGAUAAAAUUGUAAAAAUAGUGAGAAGGAUAAACAAGGUUGACCGUUCUUUCUGCAGUGAGAGAUGCAAGACGCUCUUUGAGCAUAGCCUGUUCAAACGCUGGGGAAAGAAACACUGUUGCAACUGCUUUUACUGUAACAGCACUUCCAAGACUGUAGUGACUGAUGUCUUUGAUGGGAAGCAAGAGGAGUUCUGUGGGAACGAUUGCUUGUUAAAACAUAAUUCACUGAUGCGUCAGGAAAUAAAGUGCUCAAUGUGCAGGCAGUGCAAGAAGAUAACUGAGACUGUGAAAUGGCUGGGUGAGAUGAAGCAUUUCUGCAGCCUGCGGUGCCUGAUGUUCUUCUGCAGUCUGCAGGGCAUCACUGGAGUUGUUGCAAAAAAUUCUCUAGCCACACAAGGUGUGACCCCAGUAUCCUCUGCAGUUCCUCAAAGUAAUAAAGAGGGCACACCGGUCAUUGCCAAUGUCGUCUCGCUUUCAAGUGCAUCCAAUGACCAGCCAGGAGUUUUGGGAAACGCAAAUCCAAAAGGAUCUGUUCCUGUAAAAGUCACAGGAAAUAAGUGUGCUGUGAAAGCUCCUGUCUCUUCAUCCCAAACCCAGAAAGACAAGGACUUGCCAUAUAAAUCCAUAAGCAAAAACAAAGCCACAUCCUGUAAACCUCACACCUGUGAUGCUGAAACACAAAUAGAUGGAACUCCUAAGGUGAUAGUGCUGCCUGUGCCAGUGCCAGUGUAUGUGCCAGUUCCCAUGCAUCUCUACACUCAAUACAUUCCACAGUCUGUGGGGCUGCCACUUCCGGUUCCGGUGCCCUUGUUCUUCCCUACAACUCUGGACAAUGCCGAGCACAUUGUGAAGACCAUUCAGGAAAUCAAAGAGAAGAUCCCUGAUGACCCUCUGGAGGCCGACCUCAUCAUGAUGGCAGAGAUGGUGGCUGAGGAUGCAGAGAAGGAGAAACAAAUCAUCUCUAGUGAUCAGACUGGUAACAUACUGGAGGACCUUGAUCUGGAAGCUUUAUCUAGCAAUCUGAGUUGGGAGGAGGACUCUGUGUCUUCUGCCCAGACAUGGGAUCAAACCCCUGAGCCUGAGAGGCCUCCUCCAUCCAGAUCUGCCACACUGACCCCCGUCUCCACUGCAGCAGAAGAGCCACAGAUGGACUUGGAGGCCGAUUUCCCAAUCGAGAGCAUUGAACGUUUUAGAAUGCAAAAGGAGAUCAAUUCUGGCAAACAGAGAUCACGCAAGAGAGGACAUGAUGGCUUCCCUGAGAAGAAACGGGGCAGUAAGUGUGCAUCAGCACCUCCAAACAGCCUCUCCAAACUGCAACAUGAGUACGGAGUCGAAGCCUGGAAGAAGUGGGUGUGCUGGAGGAACACCCAACCCAACAUGGAGACUCUCAAAUUUGGAUCUCGCAGUAUGACACUAAAGGAGGAUUUGUUGAAAUGUUGCACUGCUGAACUAAGCUACGGCCUCUGCAAGUUCAUUUCUGAGGUUCGUCGACCCAACAGAGAGAAAUACAGCCCUGACAGCAUCUUUUAUCUCUGCUUGGGAAUCCAGCAGUACCUCUUUGAGAACAAUCGGAUGGAGAACAUAUUCGCUGACGUCUUCUAUGCCAAAUUCUGCCAUGAAAUAAGCAACAUACUCAGACAGUGGAAGCCAACUAUUUUGCCCAGUGGUUAUGUUCAUUCUCGUGUGGAGGAGGAGUAUCUGUGGAACUGUAAGCAGCUGGGGGCGUUUUCACCCGGUGUGCUGCUCAACACGCUGCUCUACUUCUUCACCAAGUACUUCAACUACAGGACAGUGGAGCAGCACCGCCGCCUCUCUUUUGGCCACAUCAAACGCUACUCUCGAGGACAAGCCAACAACAAAGUGUCUUUCCUGCGUUUCUAUCCCCCGAAAGAGGACGGAAGCACGGACUGUGUCCCUGUAAAGAAGAAGAAGAAGAAGGAAGGUGAACGGCAAAGGGUGCUAAAAAUACGGCAGAAUGCAGACAAUCCUCUUCGCUGUCCUGUCAGGCUUUACGAGUUCUAUCUCUCAAAAUGCUCGCCCGGCAUAAGACAAGACACAACCCAGUUUUACCUGAGCCCCGAGCGCUCCUGUGUACCCAGCAGUCCCACGUGGUUCUCGACCUCCUCUCUGAGUGAUGAGGUUCUGGACAGCAUGCUCACACGUAUCCUUACUGUCAGAGAGCUGCACCUGGAGAGAGACAAAUCACCCAAUGAGACUGAUUCAGACAGUGACUCGGACUUCACACCGAUUUAGUACCACAAUACUGAGAAAGCCUCUGGGAUUUUGACUGUUGUUCUGAAUGCUGGAAAGCAAGUGGUUUAUCAUUUCGUUUCCAUUUUCAAUCUUCUUUUAGUUAUAAGGACGUACACCGUUACAGUGGGAUUAUUGUAAGUCGCCACCUUUGUAUUAUAUUUAAACACUAAAGACAUUGAAAGCAUCAUUCCAAAACCAGAUUUUGAAAUUGUUUUCAUUGCAAGCCAUGUUAGUUUAAAUAGAUGGAAUGUUCCUGAAAUUGACUCUUGAUGCCUUUUUUAUGGAUAAAAGAAGACUGUGAAACUGA